AUGCGACUGCUAUAUUUUCUGUUGUCUCUUUAUCUAAUCAGUUAUUCUUGUGCUGAUCGUAUCAUCCUCGACGAACCGCCAUCGCAGGGCAUUUUUCCAGCAGGCACCUAUAUGGACAUUCGUUAUCGAGUUCGCUUUGAAGGCAUGGCCAAACUUCACUCGGCUUCAGUCGCUUUGUUGAAUGCAGAAACAAAUCAAGUCAUCACCUAUUUUCCGGCCGCCGAUUGGUCAGAAGCGAAUUCCUCAGUAACCAGACACGGUCAUGCACUUUGGUACAUUCCGCAGAACAUGCCCAAUGGAACUUACAGCAUACGAGUAUCUGGACCGUGCAUCAUCUUUCCCAUGCUCGCGAAAUCACGACGGAAAAGCGCCCUACGAUCGUUGCCAUAG